AUGCAGCGCCCCGGGCCCUUCAGCACCCUCUACGGGCGGGUCUUGGCCCCGCUGCCCGGGCGGGCCGGGGGCGCGGCCUCUGGCGGAGGCGGGAACAUCUGGGGCCUCCCGGGCUCCCACGUGCAGCUGGCGGGGCGUGCACAGUCGGACUCAGUUGGCGGCACGGGAAGCUCUCGCGCCAGCGGCCGGGGCUCCAACAGCCUCCGCCCGGCUCGCUCCACGAUGUCCAAGGCCGAGGAGGCCAAGAAGCUGGCGGGCCAUGUGGCGGUGAAGAACCACGUGAGGGCUUCUGUGCACAAAGUUACAAAGGAGACGUUCUCGGAGCUUCGCCGCAGCCUGGUGCUUUUGGCAGGGUCCAGGGAGGUCCCCCAUGUGGAUAUGGGGAACCCAGACUCACCCUUCCCACAGACGGAAAGAGUGAAGGAGGAGAAUCUGAGCGUCGUCUGUAUCCCUACCUCCUUCCAGGCCCGGCAGCUCAUCCUGCAGUACGGCUUGCCCCUCAGCGACCUGGACCGACACCCAGAGAUAGACCUUGCCAUCGACGGUGCUGAUGAAGUGGAUGCUGACCUCAACCUUAUCAAGGGUGGUGGGGGCUGCCUGACCCAGGAGAAGAUUGUGGCCGGCUAUGCCAGCCACUUCAUCGUGAUCGCUGACUUCAGGAAAAAUUCAAAGAACCUUGGGGAUCAGUGGCAUAAGGGAAUCCCUCUUGAGGUCAUCCCGAUGGCCUACGUCCCAGUGAGCCGAGCUGUGACCCGGAAGUUUGGGGGUGAAGUUGAGCUUCGGAUGGCCGUCAACAAGGCAGGUCCUGUGGUGACAGACAAUGGGAAUUUCAUCCUGGACUGGAAGUUCGACCGGGUGCACAAAUGGAAUGAAGUGAACACAGCUAUCAAGAUGAUCCCAGGUGUGGUGGACACAGGCCUGUUCAUCAACAUGGCGGAGCGAGUCUACUUUGGGAUGCAGGACGGCUCAGUGGAUAUACGGGAGAGGCCACAGCUGAUCCUGCAGGGAGCGGAACGCUCGCUUUGAGUCUCCAGCCACGCCAUGGUGGACACGGUGCCUCCUGCAGCCUUCGCCUUAACGUGACCAUGCCGGGGUGGACAGCUGGCCGCGAGGAGGGGCAGUGGAUUAGAUCCAGUCUUCUGAAGUAUUGUUAUUAUAUGUCUUUUUAAAAAAAGAGAUUUAAAAAAAUAUAUAUUUUUACUGUUAAACAUACUGUUUUUUUAUAUAAAGUAGAACUUGAUUUCAUGUUUUAUAUAAAAUAUUUACCAAAAAAAUGGAGGGAAGGGGAGGGUUGGGACUGUCUUUGACACUUUUGACUUGAGCCUGUUGGUUAAGCUUCUUCUGAACAUUGGGUUUGCUGAGAAAUUAAAAUCAAAACUUUUAAGUUGGUGAAAUGAAGGGCCCAGCCAGCGUUGACCUCCCGAUGCCUUACAGGAAACUCUGUUUACUUCUCUGCUGCUUUGUUUUGUUUUGUUUUUUGUUUAGGUAGCUUUAUGAUCACGCACAAUUCCUGCUUACAUUUGAAGAUCAAGUUUACAGAAGUCUGAGAAGAGCAGCAAGGGCUGUAGGGACUUGGAGCAGGGAGAAAACAUAAGAUUUUGUUCUGAUCAAGGGGUUGUUCUGACCCUGUUGUUGAAGCAGUCGGCCAGAGCACUGGCUGGCCCCGCCGAGCACUGCUGUGAAAUGUGAAGUACUUGUGUUUUUAAAAAUGAUUUUCUUUUUGUUGAUUUUUGUUGUUGUUCCUUUAGUGUUGCAUGAUUCAAUGUCAGAAGUCGUCACCUAUUUAUGUUAUUUGAAGGUUGAAAUAAAACAUUGUGGUGCCAUUUUGA